UCAGAGAGCGAGGAUUUGGAUUCUUUGUGUCUUCUUCUGUAUUAGUGUGUUGCUGGUAUCGUGGUGACACAGCUCAUGCAAUCCCCUCUCUGCCACUGACGAGGCAUUAGACAGCAGGAUUUGUCUAUCCCAUUCCCAGACUUUUGAGACCCUGUAGUCUGAGAGCAUCAAGAUAUUUUGCCUAAGCAAGCUGCCAGAUCCAGUACACGGAUGAAAUCUGAUGGCCUGUGGUUGACAAUCCAGGAAACAUCAGCUGGAAAAAGAACGAUGGAAAAUUGUACAGACACAAUUAAUAGCUCCCCUUGCACAGGAAUUCCCUACAAAGACAGCAAGACGCUUCUGGUUGCAGUUUACAGCAUCGUUUUUGCCAUAGGCCUUCCAGCAAAUUGCUUAACUUCCCUGCUCACCUUUGUACAAAUCCAAAGGAAUAAAGUAAUCGCCAUCUACAUUUUCAGUUUAUCUCUGUGUGAGCUGAUGUAUUUAAGUACUUUGCCUCUCUGGAUUAUCUACGUGCAAAACGAGCACAACUGGAACAUGGGUGCAAACGCUUGUAAAAUAACAGGAUUCAUCUUUUUCUGCAACAUAUACAUCAGCAUUCUGCUUUUGUGCUGCAUUUCUGUGGAUCGUUACGUAGCGCUGGUGUACGCUCUGGAAUCCAGAGGAAGAAGAGGGCAGAAAAAGGCAAUCAUUAUCGUGUGUUUUCUCUUUGCUGUGGUUGCAAUCAUCCACACUCCCGUGUUUUACGUGGAAGAUAACUCAAAAAAUGGGACAACGUGCUUUGAGACUUUGCCCCUUGACAUAAAAUUGGCUUCUUUCAGCUUUGCCAGAUUCCUGUUUGGGUUUGCUAUACCUUUCACCAUCCUCAUUUUCACAAACUACAAAAUUUUCCAGAGUACAAAAACAAGCAGCAGCUUGACUCGUCGCCAAAAAGCCAAAGUGAAGUAUCUGGCUAUCGCCAUUAUUGUCAUUUUCCUAUUCUGCUUCGCUCCCUACCACGUGGUACUCAUCAUAAGAUCCAUAUACUUCAUGUUCCAUCAAAAUUGCUCGUGUCCAUUCGAAAGAGAGAUAUAUUCGGUUUUUACAGUGUUUCUGUGUUUGGCCACCACAAACAGCGUUGCAGAUCCAAUCAUCUACGUGCUGGUGAGUGAAAACGUCAGGAAAGAUUUUUAUAGGAGUCUGAGAAGAUGGAGAUGGAAUUCAUCCAGGCUGAGCUCAUCCAUUAAUCACAAGAGUGACAGCAUGAAAUUGAAAACGUCAAAGGAAUCGCAGGAAGGAGGGCUAAGAGAAGAAAACAAAGAAAGGCCGGAUUCUGACAUUCCAAAGACCUGUAAUAGUGGCAAAGACCACGACGGUGGCAGUUAGCAGUUACCUCCUGACACAAAUAAGACGUUCCCAACCCCAGCUGUGGGCCACAGACUGUGGCACAUAAGUAUUUAUGUGCUGACAUCCGUAGGAGAUUUUACCACUGUGCAAGGGUUGCCAGCAACUCCUACAGGAGUGAAAUUUCUUAUUUCUCUUUGUCUCCUACAAUAAAGUUUGGCCAAUAGUAUUACUGGUGAGAAUGUUGCUUUGCUAAGGACACGUGGAAUAAACUGAGCCAUUUACUUUGACUCAAAUUGAAAUCUUAAGCUUAUUUUUUGGACUGGGUCUUUUCCUCAUAUGAACUCAGAACCAGAAUUUUAGCUGCUGAGGUGGACCAAAAUAAAAAGUCCCUCCUGAGGACAAGGUAGGGCACAUUUUUAUAGCUGAAAUUGAGGAGGUACACGUUUAGAUUCUCAUACACGUUAUCUGUCGUUAACAUCUGUGGUUAACCAGUGGAAAAUAUUAAAAACAAGGAAGUCUUCCAAAAAGAGCCUUUGAAAGUGUUCCUGAUUCUUCAGUAUGCAGCUCUACCUACCUUUUACAUUCUGAGGGGGAAUUAAAGGGCAAAACGGUAGCCUGAAAACAUAGACAAACAGUACUUCUACUGUAUCAACUGAGUCCAGUCACUGUCCUGAAAUUCUUUAAAUGUACAGUUCUAAUGCUUGAUAUUUUACAAUGAGUAGGUUUCAGGCUGCAGUUAAAUCUGGAAUGCACUGAGGUACACAGAAAAUUUUAUACAUUUCUGAGUAGUGUCAUAGAAUCACAGAAUGGUAGGGUUGGAAGGGACCUUUGGAGAUCAUCCAGUCCAA